AUGCUCUCAUACGAAGUAAGAGAGGGUCGGUAUUUAGAAUUGAAGCUCGAAUUCCACUUUCACCAAUCCAUUAUUGAUGCAAGUGAUCAUGAUUUUGUUCACAAUCUAAGCAUUCAUGCAAUUGAUGAUGAUGAUUUUGUUCAUAAUCUAAUCAUUCAAAAUCUAAGUAUUCAUACAAUUGAUGAUAAUUUGGAUAUUAGUCUUUUG